AUGAGAGGAAUGCUAGCGUUUAGGAAAGCGAAGAAGAAACUCAGGAUGGGGACCAUAUGCUCCCCCAACUCAGGAGGGACAAAGACCGUGGAAGUCUGCAAUGCCGACUGGAUGGGUUCACUCCCUCCUCGUCUCAGCACACUUCCCCUUUCCAAUCUGGCUAUCCCAGGGUCCCAUGAUUCUUUCAGCUACUGGGUAGAUGAAAAGUCUCCUGUGGGGCCAGACCAAACCCCGGCUAUCAAGCGUCUUGCUAGGAUCUCCUUUGUAAAGAAGCUGAUGAAGAAAUGGUCUGUGACUCAGAACCUGACGUUCAGGGAGCAGUUAGAGGCAGGGAUUCGCUACUUUGACCUUCGUGUGUCAUCUAAGCCUGGAGACACAGACCGGGAGAUCUACUUUAUCCACGGUCUUUUUGGCAUCAAAGUCUGGGAUGGGCUGAUGGAAAUCGACUCCUUCCUCACACAGCACCCCAAAGAAGUUGUCUUCCUGGAUUUCAAUCACUUCUAUGCCAUGGAUGAUGUCCACCACGAAUACCUAAUCCAGCGGAUCCAGGAGGCAUUUGGUACCAAGCUCUUCCCAUCUGAGAGAGUGGAGAAUGUGACAUUAAAUACUUUGUGGGAGAAAAAAUGUCAGGUUCUUAUUUUCUACCAUGCUCCCUUCUCCAUGCAAUACCCCUUUCUGUGGCCAGGACACAGGAUUCCAGCACCAUGGGCCAACACAACAUGCGUGAGGAAACUCAUACUCUUCUUAGAAACAACUCUUGGUGAAAGAGCUCCCCAUGGAGCUUUCCAUGUGUCCCAAGCUAUUCUUACACCCAGAGUGAAAACCAUUGCCCGAGGCCUAGUUGGUGGUCUCAAGAACACACUGGUGCACAGGAACCUUCCUGUGAUUUUGAACUGGGUGAAGACACAAAAACCUGGAGUCCUAGGGGUCAACAUUAUCACAUCAGACUUCGUCGACCUGGUGGACUUUGCCACAACUGUCAUUGAGUUGAAUGACCUCCUCCUACAAGGGGACAGAGCUCUGGCUAAAUGCUGA